GUCAGUCUUAGAUGAGAAUGAUAAAAGUCGGACUUGCAAAGCGGAGGCAACAAAACUAAUGCUUAUGCUGGCUUUUAUUUUAAAUUUCUUUGGAAUGAAAUUUUCCCGUUUGUGUAUACAGUAGUUCAAGUGAAUCUGUGAGUUAACCAUGUUGAAGUUAAAUUAAGAUAACUUAUUAAGAACUAGUCAUCCUAGAGGUUAUGUAUCGCGAAAUUAUAUAUACUUUGUUCCGCAAAAAUGUGCUGGAGAAGAAAGGUGUUCGCUCUUGUUUCCAUAUUCUUUGUUAUUCCAACAAAUACGGAAUUAACAUCAAAUGAAUUAAAAAUGUUUGAAGAUCUUGCCACUUAUGUUAAAUCACUGGAGUGGAAACUGAAUAAAGUUGAAAAGAAACUUGAAAUCGCAGAACAUGAGCUGGAAGGACAAAAAGAAAUAAACCGUAAGCUGCAAAAUGAACUAGAUGCUCAAAGGAUGAUUUUAGAUUCGCUGCGGGCAAACAAUGACAAACUAAAACAGAAAGUCGAUAUAAUGGAACAGCAAAAUGAAAGUAUAAAACAUUUUCUGAAGCAGAUCGUGCACUCUGGGGAUGUCGAGGUGAACGAAAACAUGACUAGGGGAAGUGUUAGGAAAAAUAUUCAACAACGAGCUGGUGAUCAGAAUACAAUACGAAUUGCUUGCUAUGGAUGGGAGAAAGUGGCAUUUUCGGCCUACCUAAAUCGAGACCUGUCAAAUCUAGGGCCUAGGCACACAAUACAAUACGGAGCUACCGUCCUGAAUGAGGGGAACGCUUUUAACAUCCACACCGGUAUCUUCACCGUUCCGGUGAGCGGCGUCUACUUAUUCUCUUUUGCUUGCGAAGACAACCGCAAUCAUCGUAUAUAUGCCGAUAUCCUGGUAGAUGGAACACGCAAGUCGCUAGUUUUAGAAGGACCGUCAAGAGCCCACUCUAUGGGAACGAACGUGGUCAUCCUACGACUGACCAAAGGUCAAGCUGUCCGGGUCGCCAUUGAUGCUGGUGGUCACGAUAACCUACUCCAAAACACCGCAACAACAUUUUCCGGAGUGUUUCUAUAUUGUUAGCUUACAGUGACUUUUUGUAUAUUUUAUUUUCCAUGUAUGUACAAAUAUCGCUAAUUAGGCACUUCCAGAUAAUAAAAAGAACAGAAAUAAACAA